AUGAACCGUUUCCGCACCAAGAAGAAGGCGAAGGAUGAUGCCUCUGCCACGCCCAGAGCAUCUCAGGACUCCGAAUCCCCGGCCCCUUUCCGAUUGUUUGGCAAGGGAAAAAAGUCGCAGGAGGAAGAGCCUAAGAAAGAGAUCAGCAUCGAGAAUGCCCUGCCUCCAUCUGACGACUUCCGCACGAGUUUAUUAAUGACUGGACUUUCCGCUCGGUUUUCCAUGCUUAGAGAGCAGGAUGACCCCAACACCAAGAUCGGAAAGGCCAGUGAUGAUAGUGUUCUAUUUCCCAAGCGACAAUCAAGGUUGGAUUUUGGCUUCGGCGGUGUGCCAAGUGGUUUAUCUGAUAUCGCCGAAGUUGAGUCCAUCCGAAAAGAAGCUCCCUAUGCCCGAAUGGACUCGUACCACUCUGCAGACGGCAACUCUAUUUCUGGGAGCAUGAUGGACCGGUCAAAACCCGGAGAAGGAAACAACUUGUUCGGUGGACGCCAGAAGAUUUACAAGAUUCCGGCUGGAAAUGCAUCGUCAAAAAAUAUUGAGAGCGGUGGCAUGGGUGGCCGUGCCCUCUACGAUGACGACGUCGCCAUGUCAGCCUUCCAGAAAUGGAGGCAAGCCGAGAAGGCGAAGAUGUCUUUUGAUGACGACCGUGACAUGGUUCAGUCCUCUUCCAGUUUCGAUUUUCCGCGUGCCGAAUCACCCCCUCCUGCAGGCUACGACCGCAAGAGGGAGACCAACUCCACAACAUCAUCCACACCAUCCUUGGGCCGUAACUCGACCGCUGCGACAUCAGUCAUGUCCCAGCCGACGUCGUCAGCGAAGGACUGGCAGUCAGUAUCAACAGCACCUAACUCCGCAACAGGCACGCCUCUCCUCGACAGAAGCUUGACCCGUACAAGACGACUUUACGAGACUGGACUGAACAACGAGCUUCAGGAGCAACAGUCUUCAGCCUUGUCCCGCAUAGAUACUCUCUCUCGGCAGCGCACUCUGGGAAGCAGAACACCUGAGGCAUCACAGAAUGGGCCGUCGCCAACGACUGCCCUUUUUGCUGACCGAUUUGGCGAGCGAAGAGUGCUGGCCAAGGGCAGCGCCCCCAACUUGCGAUCUAUUAGCCCCCCGACUGCUGGAUCACCCAUCGCACCCAUGGACCUGGGUAUUCGAAACCAGGAGCCGAAGCCUGCAUUUGGAGGCGCACCGCCCCUGAGUCCGCCUAUUAGCGAAGGCGAGGAGAACUCAAUCCUGCCAAACGAUCGAGGCAAGGCUACAGCCAUGGGCAUGUUUCAAAAACCACUUCACUCUUACGACGAGUCUAGGUAUGCCCAGAGGCAACUGCAGCUCCAGCAAGGCCGUGAAACGCCCACAAACAGAUUCCGAGCCGAGUCAAAUGCCUCCCAAACAACAGGUCGCUCAAGAUCUUCGUCUUCAGCCCAGGGACAGCCAAUUGAGAGGUCUGAGUCAGUUAUUCACAUCGAGCCAACGCUCAAGGAGGAAGAGGCUGGCUCAAUUUAUUUCAAUGACAAGGACGAGUCAAAGUCACCCAACCAGGACGCUCAACGAUCUCCUCUCUCAACUAGGCGGCCCGCAGACCGUGACCACCCGGCCUUUAGGGACUCUGCUUUACCCACUCCCCUGUCCUUGAGCUCUAGGGCAUCCGUAGAGCCAUCGCCAGUCUCUGAUCAACCUUUCCCUCCUGUAACAGUCGACCAGCUUGGUGUCCCCCAAGACUCUCCAACCUUGCCUUCAUCCGCCGGCCUCAGUGGCAUGGUUCGUGCUCAUCUUCGUUCAGACAGUAACACGUCUUCUAUCUACGGCUCAGCACCCUCUGCCCCCCAGACAUCAAACUUCGCCUCCAAGUUCCCGCUUGACCCCUUCGCCCCUUCACACACGACUGACUUAGGAGUCGCUUCUAACCCUUGGGAAGUGCAAUCACCUGAUUGGGCUUCCCCAACAAUCCCAACAUUCAACGAGCAAGUCAGUAAGGAGCCCAAGGAGCCAAAGGAGCCGAGUGAGCCGUCUGCGCCAGUACCAAGGGAGAACGCCCCCAAGGAGAACGCCUCGGAGGAGCCAUCGGACCGUCACACUGGCUCUACUACUGAGAUGGAGAAGGAACAUGACGAGUUUGCUAACCAGCUUGCGGACGCUCAACGCCGGGUCCGCGAGAGGCUCACCUCAUAUGUGGAAUCUGACCGCGACAGCCGAUCAUUGUCACGAUCCUUGUCUCCCCAUUCUAUCGACCGGAACAGGGAGCCGUCGCUGCCUCGCCCAAAUCCUCUUGGGAUACUCAGGUCGAAGACAAGCAGAGGUUCCUUGGCCGAUCGUCCUAAUCGCGAAAACAGCCAGCACUCCAAAGCAAUCAAGAUGCUCGGCCUAGCAACCUCCACCAUCAGCAGCGCUCCUAGCCCGAACAAGUCCAACUUUGAUGAUAAGGAACCCCAGUCUCCGGUCAGAGAGGAGCGUGAGACGCCCGAAAUCACCAAGGCUGAAGCUGCGUCAUCUCAACCUCCUCCCCAGGAGCAGCCGAAGGAGGAGGAGAACAUGCACGCGGGACUUCGAGCCUUCCGACAGGCCCGUAAGGAGCUCCAAAAGCUCAAGGAGAUGGAGUCUCAACGCAGCCCGACAUCCAGCUCAACACCUGUUAUGCCAGGCCCUUUGCCCGGCGCCACGAUCGGCCCGAUGGUUGGACCUCCAGCGUCGCGCACGAUGCCAAGCCGUGAACGCACUCCUGGUGCCCGAUCUCCCUCGCACGAACGCCGACCACCACCGGUUACUUACCAGCGGACGCCUAGCGAGGAGUACCCGACCAAUGCUGGCCCGGGUCGAGGCCCGUCGCAGUCCUCGUCCCGAGCAGAACGCGACCGCAGUGGCUCGGAGGCAAGUAAUGGUGAAAGAUCUCAACGCCCCGCAAGACUCCGUACCGGCUCGUCUCCUUACGAAGAUCGGGGAAUGGGUCUCAACCCCAAUGUAUCACCCUCUGGCCGGCCGCCUGUGACUUCUCCUGGCCUGCCUGGUACUAAUAUCCGUCGGUCACCCAUCAUGCCUCCUCAGCCGUACCCGACGACAGGCCCUUCCUCGAAGCCUCUUGAUCGAUCAGCAUCCUCCGGCAAUCUCGCAGUUCAGUACCGUCGCCGAGGUCCCGAUUCAGGACAACCGUCUCCGGUUUCCCCGAUGGCUCCGAUUCCAUCACCUUCGAUUCCUGCUAGCCAGUCCACGCCCUCAUUCGUUCCAUCUCGCCGCCCGUCGGCUCCUCCUGUUCCCUCUCCCGCACCAGAGGCUGCUCACUCCAAUCGACUUGACGAGUCAAUGAAGAGGGUCGUUAGGAAGAAAGAUAUCUCUGAGCCUACGUUUGUCUCGUCCACCUCUCGAGUGCCAACCGUCGCUCUACCGGAGACGUCGGAGACACGGUCAAGGAGCGGAUCUCGCUCGCGCUCAGGAAGCGUCCUGAGCUCUGCUGCAUCGACGCCUAACCUCCAUGCCCUUAACAACAUGCACGCUCCGCCCGUGCCCCCCAUUAACCCCAAGCGACGUAAUGUUAUUGGCUCAAUCAUCGGCCGUAGAGGCGAGGAGGAUUCGCACCUCCCCCUCUCACCGCCGCCAAUGACUAGCGAGCACACUGGAGACAGCAACAGUGCAUUUUCCGUCAGCGACGACGACGAUGGCUCAGGUAACCAGCGACGCAGGCUUCGAAAGACCAUCAGCGAAGCUAACGGCAUGAACGUGCGUGCCCGUCUGAACCGGGGCCCCAGCCCCCCGAAUAUGCCUCCCGGACCGACAGCUAUCCCAGGCGGUCUUAACAACAGUUCCCUGCCCGGUGGCAUGAUCUAA